AUGAGCUGUGCUGGUUCUCGGUGCUCGGUGCCUGGUGAUCGGCUGUGUGCCCGUGCGGUGCAUCCAACAGAGUCGACGGCGCCGUACAGCGAGUCAGAAGUGCCGCCUCCGCCGGGGGCAGUGACCGCCGCAGCGAUCUCGAGCCGCGGCAGUGCAGGCGCAGCGGCGUGCGGCAUGGAGUGCGGCGUGGCGGCGGCGAGCGGGUAUCCCGCGCCACCCGCGCACGCGCACCCCCCACACCCCGCACUCUCGCCCACCGAGCGAUCACCGGCCAAGUCCGGCUUGCACGUCAACUUCAUUGAUAAAGGAGAGGUAAAGGAACGGCGAGAGAAAUUCCUUACGGCCAAGUAUGGCAGUCAUCAGAUGGCGCUGAUCCGCAAGCGUCUCGCCGUCGAGAUGUGGCUCUAUGACGAGCUACAGAAGUUAUACGAAACGCCGAAGGAGAGCGGGGGCGGGAGCAGCACGCAGGAGGUGGAAGUGGACAUCGACGAGCUACUCGACAUGGACAGCGACGAGCACCGCCGCAGACAUCUCACGACCUUAUUAGCGGAUGCCAAAAAACCACAAAAAGAUGUAAAUAAAUUCAUAAACGAGUUGCUAGAGAAAGCGAAAACUCUGUAA